GAAGGGCUCCGGGUCGACAGCUUCCGGUCCUUCCCCCUCUCUCUUCCCCGCGCGCCCGGUGCUUUUAGUUCCGUCCGGCUAGAGCCGCAGCUGGGGGCGGACAUACAAGCGAGCGUGUUUCGUGGGAUGCCCCUGAGCCGCCCCAGCCUGGAAGAGACGGACAAGGCGGCGCUCAGAAGGUUCCUGCGGGUCGUAGGGGCGGCCAGAUCGAAAGUAAUGAAUAACUGGGGUGUGCUUGGCGGGAUUGCAGCUGCUCUUGCCGCCAGCGUCUAUGUCCUGUGGGGUCCCAUCACGGAGAGAAGAAAACGCGGGAAAGGGUUGGUCCCAGGCCUGCUCAAUCUGGGGAACACUUGCUUCAUGAACUCCCUGCUCCAAGGAUUGUCUGCUUGUCCGUCUUUGAUCAGAUGGCUGGAGGGAUUCACUGUUCAGUACAAGGCUGAACAGAGGGAGACACCUGGCCAGCACUGCUUGUCUCUUACGUUGCUCCACCUCCUAAAAGCUCUGUCCUGCCAGGAGGCGACGGACGAGGACCUCCUGGAUGCCAGCGGCUUGUUAGAGGUGUUAAGGAUGUACAGGUGGCAGAUCUCCUCUUUCGAAGAGCAGGAUGCUCACGAGCUCUUCCACGUCCUCACCUCCUCGCUGGAAGAUGAACGAGAUCGUCGGCCUCGGGUCACGCAUCUCUUUGAUGUGCAUUCGCUAGAGCAGCCAGAAAUACCCCAAAAGGAAAUAUGCUGCAGAACAAGAGGAUCCCCUCGUCCCGCAUCGAGCCACUGGAAGCUGCAGCAUCCUUUUCACGGCAGGCUGACGAGCAACAUGGUUUGCAAACAUUGCAAGCAUCAGAGCCCUCUGAGAUAUGAUACAUUUGACAGUCUGUCCCUGAGCAUUCCUGCCACCAUGUGGGGCCACCCCCUGACGCUGGACCACUGCCUCCACCACUUCAUCUCCUCCGAAUCGGUCAAGGAUGUUGUCUGUGACAACUGCACGAAGAUCCAAGCGGAGGGGACUGCGAGUGGACAGACGGUGGAGAACCAGAGGACAACGUUCGUGAAACAGCUAAAACUGGGGAAGCUGCCGCAGUGCCUCUGCAUCCACCUGCAAAGGCUGAGCUGGUCCAGCCAGGGGACGCCUCUGAAACGCAACGAGCACGUCCAGUUCGGCGAGUUCCUCGCCAUGGACAUCUACAAGUAUCGCUUCCCUGCCCACAAGGCCAACCCCAAAGGCAGCCCGGAGGCCUCGCCCAGCACGGGAGAAGGGACCGCGCCAAAGCUGCCAGCCACGGAGCGACGAGCUAUCAACAAAGCCCCCCUGGUGAACGGCGCUUGCUCCCCGUCCUUGCUGACCCCGCCUCUGGCCUUCCCGUACGUGGCUGUUCCCGACUACGGAUCCCCCACAUAUCUGUACCGCCUGAUGGCCAUUGUGGUGCACCACGGGGACAUGCACUCGGGACACUUCGUGACGUGCCGUCGCUCUCCUCCGCCUUCCAAAAACCCCCUGGCCACCAGCAACCAGUGGCUGUGGAUUUCGGACGACGUGGUGCGCAAGACCACCCUGCAGGAGGUCCUUUCGUCCAGCGCCUACCUGCUCUUCUAUGAGCGCGUCCCCUCGCGGCAGCAGCAGCAUCAAAGCCAGGAGCUCCGAGCGGAAGAGUAACCCCACUCGGCAGGGGAGGGCCUGCCCUGCUGGCCAAGGUGCCCUGCCCGUCUCCUCCUGCAGAGAAAUCCAAAAUGAGCCCCCAGGCAGCGCGCACUUGAGCCUGCAAGGAAUUUGCACUUGGACUGAAACGCAGCCUGGAGCCGGCCUGCAAAUGUUGUGCGCACCUACGUGUGUGUGUCCGUGUCGGAGAAGCAUUUCUCUUGGGCCCCGUGGGAUCCUCACCUGGGGGUGAAGCCCAGACGGCCCAGGGCCACGCUUCCGGUUCCUACCCGUCGCCCUACAACGUGGUGGCAUCGACUUCCAAGAGACUCCUCCUUUUUUGAUCGGUUCAACGGCCACACGAGCAGCUGCGAAGCACUGCGGCCAUAUCAAAGACGAAGAAUGAAGGAGGACCCACAAUGAAGUGCCUUGAUUUGAUUUUUCAAUCCAUACCGUUCCUGCUGCAUCAAGAUGGAAACAGAUGAUCACUUAUUGUGUGGUCAGUUGCCCAACACUUCAGGGUGUGUGUGUGAGCUGAGUGUGUGUGAGACAGCAGCAAAUGGUGUGGAAAUGCUUGGCUGAAGUCUACCUCUGGUGGACACCCUAUGUGGCUGGAGUUGCCACAGAGUGUGUAUUGCAGUCGUUGGUUGUCUCGCUCUGCCCGCAGUGAGGUUCUAAGGACCACCUCUCUCAAAACAAUGUGACGCACUGAUUGAUUGAUGUGCAUUUUCCUGUAAAUGUCCAGCACAUUUCUUUGUGAUUCUUUCACCCUCCCUCCCUCCCUCCCUCCCUGUGUCUUACUGUGCUGGUUUUAAGCCUUCAAACCUUUUGCACAUCAUAAAGCGACUCCUGCCAGAUGUGAACGGCAGGUUUGCUUUCAGGGCUCUGCGUGUGGAUUCAGAGCAUCCCCCAGCAGUGCAAGCGGGAAUGGCCGUCCCCAAUCCUCCUCCUGGGUGUGCAGGUAAAACUGUCAAGGCCUGGCCCUGACCAGUCAGCUAGCCCUCCUGCGCUAGCUUUUCUCACACUGAUAAACUGUAACCCUGCACAAGGCCUUUGAUUUUUAUAUAUAUUGUACAGUGCAAUGUUUUGGAAUAAUAAAUACUAUUUAUUGCAACAGGAGGCCCCCCUUUGCUGAAACGGUUCCAGUGGGCAGAUUGCAGGGACCACCAUCUGAAGGUGUCUUAACAAAUCCAUCACCCUUGAACCACCGGCCCUUCCUCCCUUGCUGCCCCUUACGCCCUCCUGGUUCACAGAGGUGAUGCUCCCCCUCUUGCUCCCUUCACAUCCCUCCUCAAAAUCCAAAUUGUCCAUGAAGUCUUUUAUCACGCACCCCUACUGUAGCCAAGCCGAAAGAGGUGCAAGUGGAAGUCAAGCAGCCCCUGCCUAUUAACUCCGGCGGCCAUCUCCCUCCUCAACCCACUGCUCUUUUUACGUGUCGGAUUGUAAAUACCUCGGGGCAGAGAUCUGCCUUAUACCUUGGAAAGUUCCAUGUAUAUUGAUAGCACACUAUAUUUCAAAGAAGCUUCCAGAUGCCAGCGAAGACUUUUGUGGCACCAAGGGAAUCCCAUCCAAGCAGUACCCUAACUUCAGUCCGGGUUCAGCCCCAAGCAAACUGAGAGGUCUUGGUGGGUUUUCCAGGGAUCCAGUCUCCUUGGUUGGGUUGGCAGGCCUGAUUUCUGCAAACUCCACAGUAGUGGCUCAGUAGAAGGCCGAAUCCAGCACUGGGGAGGAAAGGAAUCUAGUGCUGUUUGUGGCAAGCAUUUGUGGUGGUUCCCCUCAGCACAACUGUGUGCCAGCCGUCCCAUGCGACAGCCCCGUCCAAAUCUGUUCUCUCCCUCUCAGGUCUGCACUUCCAACAAGUAGCACUCACUAGGGAUGUGCACGGAACCGGUUCGGAGGCCUCCAAACCGGUUCGACAGUGGGGGUGUGUGUCUUUUUUAAGAGGGGGAGGUGUCUUAAGAACAGGGGAGGGUACACUUUCCCCGUCCGCCACUUUCCCCGCCAGCGUCCAUUUUAUGCCAAGCCCAUCGGGGUGGCAGUGUACCCCCCCCGCCGCCCCGUUGUCUGGAUACGACCAGAAGUCUCUGACGCGCAUGUGCAAUGUGUGUGCGCAGGUGCUGAGACUUCUGGUCAUAUCCGGGCAACGGGGCGGCAGGGAGCUACGCUGCUGCCCCGAUAGGCUUGGAAUAAAACAGACGCCAGCGGCGGGAGGGGUAAGUGCAUCCUCCCCGCUGAGGUUCUGUGCACAUCUCUAGCACUCGCCUCCAGAAUAGCAGCGCUGCUGAUUCAUGUGUACAUACGAAUGAAAUGGGUCUCGGCUGCUGCCCUCCGCCCAGGCCCGUAGCCGGAAAGAUUUGUUCUCUCUGUAUACCUGUCUUGUGUUGUAGCAAGAAAUAAACUGACUGAAUAGACAUGGUCAAA